AUAAAACACAAUCACGCGGAUCGAUGACGUGGCAAUAGAAUUUUCGAAAUCCCGCCCAAACCAUGAACGAUUCGAUUUUUUAGAGGCAAAAUUCUAUUAGAGUCCCUCUCUCGCGCCCCUUCAUAUACAGCCCAUUUCCCACACACUACUCAAACACACACACACACCAAAUCCACAAAGAGGAAUAAUAAUAUCGCUUUGUUUUUUAUAUACUCUCUCUAGAAGGUUUCGUCAUGAAAGGAGCUAAAUCGAAGGGUAAAGGUGAUACCAAGCUUGGAGUAAGGAAGAAGGCUAGUGAGAGUAAGAAAUCGAAGAAAGCUGCAAAGGAUCCUAACAAGCCCAAGAGGCCACCAAGUGCUUUCUUUGUUUUCAUGGAGGAGUUCAGGAAAUCGUACAAGGAAAAGCAUCCAGGCAACAAAUCUGUAGCAAUUGUUGGUAAAGCUGGUGGAGAUAAGUGGAAACAGAUGUCAGAAGCUGAGAAAGCACCUUACCAAGCCAAGGCUGAGAAAAGGAAGGCUGAUUACCAGAAGAACAUGGAUGCAUAUAACAAAAAACUGGCUGCUGGCGAUGAUGCUGAUGAGGACGAAUCUGACAAGUCCAAGUCUGAGGUCCAUGAUGAUGAUGAGGACGAUGAUGGAAGCGAAGAGGAGGAUGAUGAUUAAACAAUUAACAGCUGGUGAAAUGCAGAAAAUGGUGGAGAAGUUGAUUUAGCAAUUGCUAUCUGUAGUAGUCCUUCCCUUGAUAAAUAGAUGCCCUCUUUUUUACGUUUUUUUCCCUUUAAUUUUUGUUUUUGGGGGUUUAGUUGGGAUGGAAAAAGUGAAGUUCAGUUUAGCUACCUCGAAAUUGCUAGUUGGAUUAUGUAGUUUCUGUUCAGUUGGUGUUAAUGAAAAUUUAGCUUUGGGAUUA